ACUGAAGCACUGUUUGUUAACUGCAGUGAGAACUCUGACAUUUCUAAAGUGAAGUUUAUUUAUAUAGAAGAAAGUGUUAACAAGCUUAAAAGUUGAUGUGAGCGGUAAAUAAAAAGGGUUAAACACACGGUGUCGCUCUCAAACUGCUCCUCUUCCUGGAGUGAAGCACAGCCUCUUCUUCCUGCUCUUAAACACAGCACCUCCUCUCUGUCCACGUGUUUCCUCGUUCCCUCCCCUUCAGAUCUGCACUUUGAAGAUGGGUGUAACCAACAUGUGGUGACGUGUAAGAGCUGACAGGCUCCAUUCACUGCAGAAACACAUGUUGUUGAGAUCAGAGCUCAGACUAGUUUCAGUUUUAAGGAAGAGAAACUCGCACAGUCACUGACACCGAGAGGAGAAAUGGCACAGAAAGGAGUUCAGCUGGACCGAGAAACCUUCUCUUGUUCCAUCUGUUUGGAUCUACUGAAGGAUCCGGUGACUACAGCCUGUGGACACAGCUACUGCAUGAACUGUAUUAAAAGUUUCUGGGAUGAAGAGGACAGGAAGGGAAUCCACAGCUGCCCUCAGUGCAGGAAGACUUUCACAGCGAGGCCUGUCCUGGAGAAAAACGUCAUGUUAGCAGCUUUAGUGGAGCAGCUGAAGAAGACUGGACUCCAAGCUGCUGCAGCUGAUCACUGCUAUGCUGGACCUGAAGAUGUGGCCUGUGAUGUCUGCACUGGGAGGAAGCUGAAAGCCAUCAAGUCCUGUUUAUUCUGUCUGGUCUCUUACUGUGAGAAACACCUCCAACCUCACUAUGAUGUAGUUCAGUUUAAGAAACACAAGCUGGUGGCCCCCUCCAAGAAGCUCCAGGACAACAUCUGCUCUCGUCACGAUGAGGUGAUGAAGAUUUUCUGUCGUACUGAUCAGCAGAGUAUCUGUUAUCUCUGCACAAUGGAUGAACAUAAAGGCCAUGAAACAGUCCCAGCUGCAGCAGAAAGGACUGAGAAGCAGAAGGAGCUCGAGGUGAGACGACUCAACAUCCAGCAGAGAAUCCAGGAGCGAGAGAAAGAUGUGAAGCUGCUUCAGCAGGAGGUGGAGGCCAUCAAUGGCUCUGCUGAUAAAGCAGUGGAGCACAGUGAGAAGAUCUUCACUGAGCUGAUCCGUCUCAUCCAGAAAAGAAGCUCUGAUGUGAAGCAGCAGAUCAGAUCCCAGCAGGAAACUGAAGUGAGUCGAGUCAAAGAGCUUCAGGAGAAGCUGGAGCAGGAGAUCGCUGAGCUGAAGAGGAAAGACGGCGAGCUGGAGCAGCUCUCACGCACAGAG